UAAGACCCAAAAACCCAAAUCAACACCUUCCGAGUUCCAUGCUCGGUUUGAGAACUGAACUGUAAAUCUAGCAUUCGAGAAAGGUAGUUUCUUUUUUCCUUUUUCAUCCAAAAGAAGGUAAAAACAAGAAAAAUGAAUAGUUCAUCACCAGCGAAUUCAUCAAUAUCAACUACAGCAAUCGUUGGAGGAGGAGGAGCAAGUGGUGGUACUAAUGCUGCUUUGGAGGAUUCCCAUUUCCCUUCUGAUCUUAUAUCCAUUCAAGACCGCAAAGAUGAGGCCAUGCUCGUUUUAAAAUCUGAUUUGAUGGCUGCACUCAAUGAAGAGGUUAAAUCAUUGGAUGAAGAUAACUGGAAGUUUGAAGGUCCUCGUUCCCGCAUCCACCUGAUAUCAAGACCAGGUGGGUUUCUACAGAAGCAGAUGGAGUUUACAAAAAACUGUAGCACAGCCCCGAAAAAAUGAUUUCAGAUUUCUUGAGACUGGACUUCACGGCCAAGAGAUUGGCUUUACUCAGACAACUUUAUUAUAUCUGUACAUUGCUGAACUUCACUAUGAAAUCAUGCACACAUGUGAAGAAUUACAAGUAUUUACUUUUGACUGUUAUUGAUAAACAAGACAGUUUUGCCUUUCCAUUUUUGACAUUUGAAAACCCCUUAAAUGAUCAUGUACGUAGCACAGUCCAUUGCGGUGUGGAA